CGGCUCCCCUCGGCGGCCGGGAGCCGCCUCUCCUCCCCUGGCUGGCUGCUCCUGCCGCCGGCGCGGCGUCUCUUGGCCGCGCGCCCAGAUUCCUGCCCCCGGCUGGAGAUUGGCUGCGCGGCGAGCGAGCCAGCGGCCCCGGCGGAGCGAGCGAGAGCUCUCCAGCCUGGCAGAGGAGGCGCCUGCUGCUGCCCCGUCCCCCCUCCUCCGCCGCCUCCUCCUCCCAGUCCCCGCGCCUGCCCCUCUCCCUCCCCGGCGGCGGCGGCGGCCCCGUCCUUGCCUUGCGCGCAAACUUUUCCUCGGGGCGCCCCGGCGAGGCGCGCCGCUCGCCUGCGCUCCUUGGCGCCCGGGCCGGCCCUCGGCGAUGCUAAGAUGCCCUCGCGGGGGCUGGCCGUGCUGUGGGUGCUGGCGCUGGGCUGGACGGGCGCCGCUGCCGCCGCCGCUGCCGCCUCCUCCUCCGCCGGCCCCUCGGAGCGGACGGCGCUGGCGCGGGAGCGCUUCAAGGUGGUCUUCUCGCCACUCAUCUGCAGGCGGACGUGCCUGAAGGGCCAGUGCCGGGACAGCUGCAAGCCGGGCAGCAACAUGACCCUCAUCGGCGAGAACGGGCACUCCAUGGACACCCUCACCGGCUCGGGCUUCCGCGUGGUGGUCUGCCCCCUGCCCUGCAUGAACGGAGGCCAGUGUACAUCCGGGAACCAUUGCCGGUGCCCGCCGGAGUUCACAGGGCGCUUCUGCGAGAUCCCGGCAGGGCGGCAGAGCCAGCAGGCCCGGGUCCUCAGUGAGGGGCUCCCCACGGAGACCGGCUCCAGCAAGCACGCCAUCUACGCAGUCCAGCUCAUCUCAGACAGCCACGGCGACUCGCCCUCCGGGCCCGGCUCCAAAGGCACCGUCAGCCACUCCACAUUCAUGGUUCCUCUGGGUCCUGGGCAGCACUCUUCAGAAGUUCAGGUCUACCAGCCGCUGGUCAACGUCCGUGUGCACCACCCUCCGGACGCCUCCGUGCAGGUCCACCGGAUCGACAGCCUCAGCUCGGAGGGGAGUGGCCCGGGGAGCCAGCAGCACCUGAUCCAUCACCCCGCCCCCAAGCCCGCCUAUACCAGGCCCACCACCCAGAAGCCCCUGGGGCGCUGCUUCCAGGAGACGAUGCCCAAGCAGUCGUGCGGGAGCAACCCCCUUCCAGGCCUCACCAAGCAAGAAGACUGUUGUGGAAGCAUUGGCACCUCCUGGGGGCAGAAUAAAUGCCACAAAUGCCCCCAUCUGCAAUAUGUGGGGGUGCAGAAGACGGGGCCGAUCCGGGGGGAGCUGGGCAGCGACUGUCCGCAGGGAUACAAGCGACUGAACAGCAGCCACUGCCAGGACAUCAACGAGUGCGCGAUGCAGGGCGUCUGCCAGGGAGGCGAGUGCCUGAACACCCAAGGGAGCUUCCGCUGCGCUUGCAAGCCAGGUCACGUCUUGGGGCCUUCGCGUACCCACUGUGUGCGGACAGCGGAGAAGGCCGGGGAGAAGAGUCUGUGUUUCCGGCUGGUGAGCUCCGAGCACCACUGCCAGCACCCACUGCCUACCAAACUCACCCGCCAGACCUGCUGCUGCAGCGUGGGGAAGGCGUGGGGGGCCCGCUGUGAGCGCUGCCCGGCCGACGGAACCGCUGCUUUUCGGGAGAUCUGCCCUGCUGGGAAAGGCUACCACAUCCUCACCUCGCACCAGACCCUCACCAUCCAGGGCGAGAGCGAAUUCACACUCCAGAUCCACCCCGACGGCACCACCGACUUCCAGCAGCAGCAGCAGCUUCAGCAGCGUGUGGAGCUGCCCACCCAUCGGCCCGGCGGGAGUGACUCUCAGGAGCAGGAAGCUGUGACUCCAGCCCUGUUGCCGGCCUACGUGACUGCCUCGGAGGAGCAGCCUGUCUUCGUCAACACGCCUGCCUUCGGGCCCCGCUACCCUGCCAUCGCCCCCAUGCCCACGACGGCAGCAGUGGUGAAGAUCCAUGAAGAGGAGAAGAACGUGAGCGCCUUUGACAUGCCACCCACACAGGUGACAGAGAUGGACAUCUGCAAAGUGAACCGUGACUUCUGCGGCCAUGGUGAAUGCAUCCCGGGAAGCUUCGGGUUCACGUGCCACUGCCAUCAGGGCUACCGCCGGCAUCCUCAGCACAGGCACUGCGUAGAUGUGAACGAGUGCGAGACGGAUCCGUGCGGCAGCGGGAAGGGGGUGUGCAUGAACACCGGUGGAUCCUACAACUGCCAUUGCAACCGGGGCUAUCAGCUGAAGGUCCUGAAGGGCGUGCGGUCCUGCGUGGAUAUCGACGAGUGCGCCAAGCCCAACGUCUGCGGGGACGGAGGCUCCUGCAUCAAUUUCCCGGGGUCCUACGAGUGUGAUUGCCACCCGGGCUACCGGCUGAAGCCCAACCGCCAGCCCCUCUGCGAAGAUAUUGACGAAUGUCUUGACCCCGGGACGUGCCCUGACGGAAGGUGUGAGAACAAACCGGGUAGCUACAAAUGCAGUCCCUGCCAGCCAGGCUUCCGCGGCCAAAACGGCGUGUGUGAUGAUGUGAAUGAGUGCGAGGAAGCUGUCUGCAAGCAUGGGUGGUGCGAGAACGUGGUCGGAUCCUUCCGCUGCACCUGUGGAGACGGGUUUGUGCCUGCCUCUGACUCCCGCAGCUGCCUGGAUGUCAACGAGUGUGAGAACGGGUCCCUCUGUGCCAACGGGGUGUGUGUGAACACGCUGGGCUCCUUCAAGUGCCAGUGCCCAGUGGGCUUCCAGGCCGUGAAGGAAGGGCCCCUCUGUGAAGAUGUGAACGAGUGCGAAUUCCCAGCAGCCUGCGUGGGGGGCGAGUGUCUGAACACUGUGGGCUCCUACCAGUGCCUGUGCCGGCCGGGCUACCAGCUGGAGAGCGGCCGGAAGUGCAAAGAUAUCAACGAGUGUGCGAGAGACCCCGAGCUCUGCCAGCCGCACGGGGCGUGCGAGAACACGGAGGGCUCCUUCGUGUGCGUCUGCGACGAGGGCUACGCGCCUUCCGAGGACGGGCAGAGCUGCGAAGAGCUGCCCCACAACAAGAAGGAGUGCUACCUGAACUUCGACGACACAGUCUUCUGCGACAGCGUCCUCGCCACCAACAUCACCCGCCAGGAGUGCUGUUGCUCCCUUGGGGCUGGCUGGGGGGACCACUGCGAAAUCUACCCUUGUCCUGUCCUCAACUCGGCUGAGUUCCACACUCUCUGCCCAGAUGGCAAAGGCUUCAUUUUAGAUGACACCAUCCUCAACUACGGCAUCCCAGCACACCGCGACAUAGACGAGUGCGCCCUGUUCGGGGAGGAGAUCUGCAAGGAAGGCAAAUGCGUCAAUACCCAGCCCGGCUACGAGUGUUACUGCAAGCAAGGCUUCUACUACGACAGCAACCUCUUGGAGUGUGUCGAUGUGGAUGAGUGCCUGGACGAGUCAAACUGUGUGAACGGGCGCUGUGAGAACACCCGGGGGAGCUUCCGCUGCGCCUGCCCAGCCUCCACCACCUACGACCCUGUCCAGAAGAAGUGUGUGGCGCCCAGAGAACGUGAUGUGGACGAGUGCCAGGAGUCCGGGGUGUGCAAACUGGGCCGUUGUGCCAACACCGUGGGCUCGUUUACCUGUGAGUGCCACCCUCCCUUGACCUUGGAUCCCAGUGGCAAGGAGUGCCAACUCCCUGAGACGCAGGCAGACAGGGUGACCGACCGCCGGGACAUCUGCUGGCAGCUGCGGGGUGAGGACGGGAUGUGCUCCUCCCCGUUCAACGGCCCCCAGCUGAGCUACGAGGAUUGCUGCUGCCGUUACGGCAAAGGAUGGGGCUACCAGUGCCACCCCUGCCCCCCACGUGGCCCAGGCCUGAACUGCCAGUCGGCCCCAAGCGAGAGCAAUUCCUUCUGGGACUUCAGCGCCUUGUUCGGCAAGGUGAACCGAGACACCGACAGCUCGGAAGAGGAUUCGGAUGAAUGCCGCUGCACUAACGGCCACUGUGUCCACACCCAGCAGGGCUUGGUCUGCGAGUGCCCCCUGGGCUUCAAGUUGGAUGCCACCCACACCCGCUGCCUGGAUAUUGACGAAUGCCGGGAAAUGAACCAGCGGGGGCUCCUUUGCAAGACAGAACGCUGCGUGAACACCCCUGGAUCCUACCGCUGCCUUUGCAAGGCAGGCUAUGCGCGUUCCCGAACCCACGGAAUCUGCGUCCCCCAGCGCCAGCGGUAGCCUGGGGCACCCAUCAUAGGAUGGAGGCAGGGAGGGGAGAAUGGAGCCGCAGAUGGCAGCCUCCUCACCCUCCACUAAUCAGCACGGGCCUCCUCUGGCUGGCCCCUGUUGGAAACUGAAUCCUGGGUUGGAUGGACUGUUUGGUCUUAUCCUUACUUUCUUAAGGACUCUCUUUGUACCGGCUACGAUGAAGGGGCAUUGAUGUUGCUGUAGAUUCCCUGCCCACACCCCUUUCUCUGCUCCCCAGCCCUCCGGAUAUUUAUCGUUCGGGUUCAACACCGCACUUGGUUUGCACUGGUUUCUGUAGGAUCCAGAAAGGAAACUCCUUUUUGUACAUAAUAGAUGUUGGCAAAAGCAAACUCAAAAGUUAACCAGUUAAUUAAAAGGAAAAAAGGGGGCAGAAGAUCCCAUUAAAGUGUGUGCGUCUGAUUCUGUGGUCACCAAGGAAAGGUGCCUAGUGCAGCUUAGAGUCUGCAGGAAAUCAGUGGGAACUCUUUUUUGGGACGGGGCGGGGGGUGAUGGGAGAGAAAUAUCAGACACCCCUACAAAGCGAUUUAAGUGCUGCGUAAUCUUCCUGCGUUACUGACUGACACUGUCUGUUCCCUUGAGUUCCUUAGCAGACAGACGAGAUAUAAAUAUUAGUGUGAUCCAAUAUGAUGGCUUCUCUCCUUUUAAGAUAAACUUGUAUUUAUUAUUUUGUAUACUUUUUCUAUUAUUUUUGACGAUAUUAAUAUAUGUAUUUGGGGAUUCUGGGCUAGAGAGAAGCAAGUAUUUGGGGGCAGAAUCCCAACGGCCUCCCAGAUUUGUUUUUUUGUGGUAUUUGACCCUUACAACUCACCCCUUUGAAAUCUGGUGAAAACCUGUUGAGGGACAAGGAUUUUCCAAAAUGUGUGGGGUGGUGGUGGGAACAGGAUUUGCUCAACUUUUCCCAUUCCUACAUGUGGAUGAGAUAAAUGCGGAAGCUGAAUGUUCUGUAGGAUAGAAUGGUUAGAAUAUUGAUGUCCUAAAUAUAAUAUCCUUACUAACCAUCCAUGUACAUGGCCUACUGCAAAGAAUAAGGAGCUCAGUGGUUGAGUAUUUGCUUUGCAUGCAGAAAGGCCCAGGUUCAAUCCCUGGCAGCAUCUCCAAGUUGAGCCGGGAGAGGCCCCUGCGCGAAACCCUGCAGAGCUGCUGCCAGUCAGUGUAGACUUUUUGCUGACUGUCACUCGCUCUCCAGUACUGAGCCAGAUGGACCAAGGAUCUAUUAUUAUUGAUAUUAUCUAUACACAAGUUUGAUCGUGCAGAGUUUUUUCAAAAUAUGAUUUAACCCGUCUAGUUUGGAAGUGGGUAAGAUUUUCUUCCAUGCUAAGGCAUGGCAGCUGUAAACCAAUAGUACUCAUUUCCACAAAGCUGACCAUUCAAUAAAGGCCGUUCAUUUUUACUGA